GAUUAAGUAGUUUAUGAAUUACAAUAAUAAAAUAUAUUGAUGUUAUGUGGUAUUGUGGUCAGUAUUCAGUAAUUUAGUACUUCAACUUCAGUAGUCAGACUCACUAUCCAGUGUUCUGAUACUCUGAUUAUAAAUCGUAUAGAUCCUACUAAAGUAGUAAAAUGACUUAUUAUAAAACUACUUCUAAAACACUACACUAUAAAGUAUAAACAUUUAUCUGUAAUUGUCAUUGCAAUUUGCAGUUUAAAUGGAUUGCUUUACUGCUGUUGCGACAAAACAAUUAAAAUAUAUAUUGCCAUGAAACCUAUUUGGAAGCGUUAUUUUUCAUUAACGUCAAGUUUAGGGAGAAUGGAAAAUUUUAAUUACAAUUCUUUCAAAACCUUAAAUAUGUUUCAAAUAUUACUUAUACCACAGACAUGCAACUUUAUUAGUAUGCAUUUUGAGAAUACUGAGUUGAAUAGCAGUUAACAUUGAAAUUUAACUAAAGAAUUGAUUAUGAAGUCCAAGCAAUCAACAGACAACUCUUGGGAUUCAAAAUUACCAAUUCCAAAGUUUCCAGUAUGGUUGUACAUUUUAAUAGUAGCAUUUGUAUCUAUAUUAUGUUAUGGUAACUCGUAUUAUGGUGCAUUUGUAUUUGAUGAUUCUGAGGCAGUUGUAAAUAAUCAUGAUGUGAACCUUGAAACACCAGUUGUUAAAAUUUUUAGCCACGACUUUUGGGGUACGAGACUAACAAACCACGCUAGUCAUAAAUCAUAUAGACCGCUUACAAUUUUGUCCUUUAGGUUUAAUGUGUGGUUUAAUAAUGGACAUUUGUGUCCAAAGUCAUUACAUUUCACCAAUAUAAUUUUACAUGCAGUUGUCUCCUGUCAACUAUUACAUGUUUAUAAUUUGUUAUUUAAUGGAAAUGCACCUAAGACUUCAUUUUUAGCUGCUCUCAUGUUUGCAGUGCACCCUGUUCACGCAGAAGUAGUGUCUGGUAUAGUCGGUCGUGCUGAUCUACUUAGUGCAUGUUUGUCACUUCUUGUCUUCAUUAUUUAUCAUAGAACAGCAAAAGCUAAACAAAUAAAUACAUUUACCAACAUAAUAGCUACAUUAUUUUGUUGUGUCUUAAGUAUCAUGGCUAUGUUAUGCAAAGAACAAGGACUUAUGAUUAUGGCAUUUUGUGGUGUGUAUGAAGUUAUUGUAAUUAACAAAAUCACAUUUCAAAGUAUUAUGAAAAACAUGAAAAUCUCAAAAAUAAUUAGAUUGCUUAAAAAGGAAUCAAUAGAAAGGCUGUUUAUAUUAACUGCUGGGUUUUGUAUUAUUCUUUAUGGUAGAUGGGCUAUUAUGGGAUCACCUCCUAUUUUCCAACAAAUUGAUAAUCCUGCAUCAUUUUUAACAACACCAUUUGAAAGAUUUGUGAAUUACAGUUACAUCUAUUUAAUUAAUAUUUGGAUAAUGAUAUGUCCUGUUUGGCUAUGUUUUGAUUGGUCAAUGGGCUGUAUUCCUCUGAUAUAUUUGAAUGCAUUUCCUAAAGAUCCAAGAUUAUUCAUUGUUUUUGGAUUUUGGACCAUUCUUGUAUUAAUAUUUUAUAAAAUUCUAUUUUCAAAAAACUAUGAUAUAAAACAAAUACAAAUGGGAUUUCUAUUAGGUCUUUUAUCAUUUUUGCCUGCUUCAAAUUUAAUGUUUACAGUUGGGUUUGUCAUAGCAGAACGUGUGUUAUACUUGCCUUCUGCUGGUUUUAUUAUAAUUGUAGUCUUGGGUAUCAGGAGAUUAUGUUUAAAUUAUUUUAUUAAAAGAGUAGUUAGAAUGUGCAUUUUACUAUUAAUUGUUGUACAUUCCAUUCGGACAUAUCAACGCAGUAAAGAAUGGAAUACUGAAUUAGAUUUGUUUAGAAGUGCAUUAAAAGUUUGCCCAAUGAAUGCUAAAGUACAUUAUAAUUUAGCAAAAAGUUUAGCCGAUAUUGGACAUAUACAAGAAGCGAUAGACCGUUAUAAACAUGCACUAUUAUUACAUCCAAGGUAUGAUCAAGCGAUGAAUAAUUUAGCAAAUAUUUUAAAAGAUAAAAAUGAAUUGGAAGAAGCCAGAUUUUUAUUAGAAAAAGCUGUUACUAUUAGAAAUGAUUUUGCUGCUGCUUGGAUGAAUUUAGGUAUUGUAUUAUCUGCUCAACACGAAUAUAAUAAAGCUGAAGAUGCAUACUUAACAGCCUUACAACACAGAAAAAGCUAUCCUCAUUGCUACUUCAACUUGGGAAAUCUAUAUUUGGAAAUGGGAGAGAAGACAAAGGCAUUAUUUGCUUGGCAAAAUGCUACAUUUCAACAGCCAACACAUGUAAUUUCAUGGAAUAAUAUGAUUGUACUGCUAGAGUCAAUUGGUGAAUUAAAACGAGCAGAGAAUGUAGCUCGUACAGCCCUUACUAUUUUACCAAAUGAACCAAAUUUACAUUUUAAUAUAGCCAACAUAUUAGGUAAAAUAGAUAAAUUUGUAGAAGCUGAAAAACAUUUUUUGGCUGCUAUUAAACUAAAACACCGAACUUCUAAGACUGUAUUAGUUGCAUUAUAUCAUUCAAAUUUGGGAGUUUUGUAUCAUCGUUGGGAAAAAUAUGAUCUUGCAGAAAUGCAUUACUUACAAGCAUUAAUAAUUGAUCCAAAUAUGCAAAAAGUUAAAAAUCAUCUUGCAUUACUUCGUAAACAUUUAGGUGAAAUCAAUCAACCCAUUCUCAAUAUGAAAUCCUCUCAACGAGAAAAAGAUUUUUAAUGUGUUAAAUGAAAAAGCUUUUGUUUCUUUAAUAUUAUGGUAAUAUGUAAGUAUAAGUUUAUAUUGCUAUCAUGUUUGAAUUCUAACAUUUAUUGAAGGUCAAGUAUAAUUACGAUUAAAAAUUAAAAUAUUGGUUUAAUUUACACAAAAGCAAUACAGUUAAAUGUAGGAUGAACAAAAAUGGUUAAUAAAUGAUGUAAAACAUUGUUAAUACCACUACUGUGAAAACAUAUGGUUGUGAUUAAUUUAUAACUUAGAUACUUAGUAAUUUAAUUAAUAAUUAUUUUUAAGUAAUGUCUUACUAUAAUUUUUAUUUGUUUGUACUAUGACAUCAAAACUUUGUUUUAACCAUUCCAAUAAUAUAAUUUUAAGUUUAGGAAUUAAUUGACUUAAAUUUUAUUAGGAUUAAUUAGUUUUAGAAAAUCAGUCAUUAUAUUUUGUUAGUGUUAUAUCUGUGUAAUGUGAGUACAGUAUAAUUCACGAAUGUUCAACUACAAAACUAUUUGUUUUUUUUUACUUAUUACGUGUUUUAUAAUCGCAAAGAUUAAAAAUGAUACAAUUUCUAUAACUUUUCCUUGAUUAAAUAAAUUAUGUUCUUAAGAGAAAAUUUAAAAAUUCAAUUUUGUUUUUCCUUUUAUGUACAAUUAAAAUAAAGUAACUUAUAUGGAUGUUACACUCACAUGUUAUCUUAUAUCUUAUAUUUUACUUAACGUAACAAAUUUGUGCACAGGAUUCUUACUAUAUUUUAUUUAAAGUUAAGAUUAAAGGAAAUGUAUAUAUUAAUGAAUUUGUAGUGAAUAAUAUAAGUUGUGCCUGAGUGAAGAUUUUUAUUUUUAAAUUAUUAAUAAAUACUUAUAAAUUUAUUAAAUAAUUUAUUUUUUCAAAUUCAUGUAAUUUGUUUUAAAAUAAAUAUAUGAAACAAAUCUUUACUCAAACAAAGCUUAUAUUCUUUUCUAAAAAAUCAAUAGUUUGUAAAAAUACUUUUAUAUAUUAACUAUAAAUAAAUUGUAGUAAGAACCCAAUACAUAGAUUUGCUAUGUUGCGCCUUCGUGUGUGCAAUAUAGAAAUAACACUGUGGGUAUAGCAUCCAGUUAUUCCAAUACCCAAGUUAUAUUGUAAUACAUUGCUAAUAAUUAGUCAUUAUACUAAGAUUUGUUAUUUUAAGAUCAAUUUGCAUUAAAUAUUUUAUUAAAGUAUUAUUUAGAUUUAAGAUAUUUACAUUUUUAUAUUGUAUUUUUUUGUAUUAAAAAAUAAUAUCUUAUUUGACUA